AUGAGGUCCAUUCUGGAGAGAUUUGGCUCCAGCGUCCCUUCCGGAGGAGUUGAGCACCACGAGUUGCCGGUGAUCCUCUACGUCCACGGCGAGUCCUUCGAGUGGAACUCCGGAAACCCCUACGACGGCUCCGUCCUCGCCAGCUACGGUCACCUCAUCGUCGUCACCAUCAACUUCCGCCUCGGCAUCCUAGGGUACAUGCUAUUUGAGCCUCGGCUUUUACCCACCUUAAGCGACCCGGCCUACAUCAAAGGCUGA